AUGAAUGAUAUUAUGAGUGCAGAUAAUAAUAUAAAAUGUAAGAAUAUUGUAUCAAUUUAUACCCUCCGUAUGUACCUAAAUGGUUUUAUAAUUGGUUACGUUUUUCGACAUGAAAUAAAUAAAAAGUUUUAUUUACAUAAAAAUGAUAAUAUCAUAUUUCAUUAUAUAAAAACAAAUGUCUCUUCAAAAACGAAUAAUAACAAUUGUAAGAACUCAUUUUUUUUAAUGAAAAAUAUUUUAUAUAAUCAUAAAAAAACAAGUUUAAAUAAGAUGUUCUUAUACGUCAAUAGUUAUAAUCAGAAUUAUCAAAAUAUUUUAAAGUUUCUCCAAUUCUCUAAGCUAUUAAACUUGAAAAAAAAUAUACAAGUAUCGAACUUCGUCGCCUUUAGACUAUCCUUCUGGACAUGUUUUUGCACCUUAUCAUGUUGGCAGUUAAAUAAAAACAUAGAAAAUACCAUAGUAUCGUCAAUGCUCUCAGGCUUUAUAGCUUCAUCGUUUAACAAACUAGUUUUUAGAGAAUACCAGAGGGUCCUUAUUCCUAGCUGGUUUGGCUGUAUCUUAAGGUAA